AUGAAGGAGUGGUGGGUGCAGGUGGGGCUCCUGAGUGUGCCCCUUCUCGCCGUCUACCUGCACAUCCCACCCCCCAAGCUCUCCCCGGCUCUCCUCUCCUGGAGGUCCUCCGGAGGCUACUUCACCUACAAGGAUCAGAACAUCUUCUACAGAGAUUCGACCGGCGCCGUCGGCAGCUCCGACAUCGUCGUCCUCCUGCACGGCUUCCCAACGUCCAGCUACGACUGGUGCAAGAUCUGGGAAGGGCUGACCCAGCGGUUUCACCGAGUGAUUGCUCUGGAUUUUGUAGGAUUCGGUUUCAGCGACAAGCCUAGGCCCCACCACUACUCCAUCUUUGAGCAAGCCAGCAUUGUCGAAGGGCUGGUGCGUCACCUCGGCCUCCGCCACCAAAGGAUUAAUCUCCUGUCCCACGAUUAUGGCGAUACGGUCGCACAGGAGCUCCUCCACAGGUAUGAGCACAAUAAAACUGGAAGCAUCUUGAUCAACAGCCUCUGUUUAUCCAACGGAGGGAUCUUCCCCGAAACUCACUACCCCCGGUUCAUCCAGAAGAUCCUCAAGGAUGGGGGUUUGCUGUCCCCCAUCAUCACGCGGCUGAUGAACUUCUUUUUCUUCUCCAGAGGGCUCGGGGCAGUCUUCGGGCCCUACACACAGCCUUCGCAGGCAGAGUACUGGGACAUGUGGACGGCGGUGCGGACCAACGACGGCAAUCUCGUCGUUGACAGUAUUUUGCAGUACAUAAACCAGAGAAAGAAGCACAGAGACCGCUGGGUUGGGGCUUUGAUGUCCACCUCUGUCCCGUUGCAUCUAAUCUAUGGGCCCCUGGACCCUGUGAAUCCGCACCCAGAGUUUCUUCAGCUUUACAAGAAGGUGCUUCCCAUGUCCACGGUGUCUGUGCUGGAUGACCACAUUAGCCACUAUCCACAGCUGGAGGAUCCGACAGGCUUCCUGAAUGCGUAUCUGAACUUCAUCAACUCCUUCUGA